CGCGCUGACCAUGAUGUGUUGUUGAUAUGUGAGACGUUAGCUCGUAUUUUUGCCAGAAAACUGAGCACAUCAUGGUGAAGAAGAAGUUGUUUUGAUAGCUGGCAGCGACAUUUCCCCUUAACAGACGAUCUUUUAUCUUAAAUGUCGUUAACGUUAAGUGAUAAUAGUUGUUUCUGGUAGCAGUGAGAGCAGCUAGCUAGUGGUAGUUGUCUGUCUUGAGGCAUAACAAGCAGCACACAGCUCAGAGAGAAUGGCCUUGCCACCUGAGUGGGACGACGACGAGCGGAUGAACUUCAUGUUCUCUGACUUCAGUGAGAACCGAGAUGUGAACACGACGGACUGGGACAGUAAGAUGGACUUCUGGACCUCUCUGGUGGUUAGAGGCUGCAGGGACCGAGGUGCUGUGUGUGUCAGCCUGCAGGAGAUGAACAAAUCCUUCAGGAGGAAAGAGAAGUCUCCACUGGGCUUGAAGACUGUCAUCCAGUCCAUGGCCAGAUGUGGGAAGAUCCAGAGGGAGUCCGAGUUUGCUGCCAAUGUGGACUGUGGCUGGCUGUCCUGGGGUGUUGGUCUGCUGCUUGUAAAACCUCUGAAGUGGACCUUCUCCACUCUGCUGGGAAGCAACCGGGUGCCUUUGGAGGAGUCCUUUGUUGUCAUUGAACUAGUGAAGGAGAAAGCAGCAGAAUUACUCAAGGUGUACCGGAGCAGUGAAUUUGCAAGCCGCUCCAUCCUGUCAUUUCAGGAGCUCUGUACUCUCUCCUCUCAUGUCUGUGCUGAUGAGAGCACACUGUGCAUGGCUCUCCUGCAGCUGCAGAGGGACAAGCAAGUGACCGUCUCAUUGCACGAUGGCGAGAAGAUUGUCAAGUUUUGUCAGGUUGAGCAAGAUCACGUUUGCCCGGUCAGCGAUGUGGAUAUGGGCAUCUACCAGCUGCAGCGCAGUGAGAAGCUGCUGGGAGAGCGGGUGGAGAAACUGGGCCUUGAGGCUGACAAGUGCAAAGAAGAAGCAAGGGUACUGCUGCGGGAAGGGAAGAAAUCACAGGCACUGAGGUGUUUAAAAGGCCGCAAAAGGGUAGAAAAGAGAGUGGACAGUUUGUUUGCCAAACUGGAGUCCAUCAGAGGAAUCCUGGACAGAAUAGCCCAGUCACAGACUGAUAAGAUGGUCAUUCAAGCAUAUCAGGCCGGAGUGUCGGCCCUGAGACUCUCUCUUAAGGAUGUGACUGUGGAACGUGCCGAGAGCCUUGUGGAUCAAAUCCAGGAGUUAUGUGACACUCAAGAUGAGGUGAACCAGACUAUAUCCAGUGGCGUGAUCAGCGGAGAUGAAGACAUGGAUGAGUUGGAGGAGGAAUUAAAAUCUCUGUUGGACGAGUCAAAGCCGGAUUCAGUCUCAGGUUUCCCCGAAGUUCCAACAAACGGUCUGCGGCCCUCCGGGGAGCCGAGCCUUCCAGGUACUGACCUGCUCAGCUCUCUGCCCGCCGUUCCUUACAGACGCUUGGAUAUUACCGAUGAGCAGCUGGAGGAGGAAUUAAAUCAGUUAACCCUUACAGAUUCAGGUUUUCAACAGAAGAAAAUGACAUCGCCUGCCAAGAGAUUAGAGCCUGCACAGUGACGGCACAGACGAAACAUGGCAAGUUUAAAGCUCUGCAUCAACAUAUCAGACUGUAUCUCUUAAACAUUUUCUGUGAGCCAGAGUUCAUAGAAGUAAAAGAAAGUACUGAAGAACUACAUUAGCAACUGCUUAAUCAUAAUUGUAAGAGUUUUAAAAUCAAUAUCAGGAUGAAAACAAGGCACUUUCCUUUAUAUAUGAAAAUAAAAAUGCCUUUUCUUUGGAGGCAUGGACUUUUGAAAUAUGUUUUCUUUUGUAAAUUGACAUGAUUUUCAACUUGAAAGCGUUUAGAUCUGCUCUGCCAUCACGGUCUGAAGGCUCUCAAGGCAUAAGUGAACCUAUUAACAGUUUAAAAUAUGCUCUAUAUUAAACUGAGCGACUAGGAAUGCUUUUAAUUUGUGUGGUAUUUUUGAGAGUGUGAACAAGUAUAUUUGUCGUAUGUAGUGUGUUAAUUGAUGUCUUUAAAUGUCCCUCGUUGACAGUCCUGUAAAAUUCAUUAAGUGGCCUUUUUGAACUGUAAAUGUGAAACUGAAAGUAAAGAGAAUAUUAUGCCAAAUGAUUUAAUCAGUAAGUAUAUUUAGUCUCACUGCAACAUACCUGUGGGGACUGAGAAGCCUAUCUUAAGUGAGUUUAACCAAAUAUGUUUCCCAAAAUAAACUUUAUUUUAAUCACUU